AAAUAAAUAAUGCUUCCGGAGCACGAAAAUAUAAACAUUAAUUUCAGCCAUCCGCAUCAACAGACCAGGAAUACACCCCAUUAAAUGCAGGAAAACGACGGAUAGUCACUUUGUAUUUUCUCAAGGCUCUUCACCAGCGAGUUCUCCUGCAGAUCCACAGAAUAUCAUGACCGACGGACGAGCCCCAGGGGCGGCCGUGCUCCCCCAGAACCCGCUGACGUCGCCCUCCGGUGGCCUCCAGUCGGUGGAGAUGGACCCGGUGGAGUACACCCUCCGCAAGCGCCUUCCCCGCAAACUCCCCAAGCGGCGCAACGACGUCUACGUGAACAUGAAGACGGACUUCCGCGCACAGCUGGCGCGCUGUCAGAAGCUGCUGGAGGGCGGGGGGCACCGGGAGAUCUGUGUGCACGGCCUGGGCCUGGCCAUCAACCGGGCCAUCAACAUCGCCCUGCAGCUGCAGGCCAGCAGCCAGGGGGCGCUGCAGUUGGCCGCCAACACUUCCACUGUUGAGCUGGUGGACGACCUUGAGCCGGACGACCCCGACGAGGCCCCCGGGGAGCCCAUGACGCGCACGCGCAAUAACUCUGCCAUUCAUAUUAAAGUGUAUUAUCCCAGCCCAUAGUGUGUGUGUGUGUGUGUGUGUGUGUGUGUGUGUGUGUGUGUGUGUGUGUGUGUGUGUGUGUGUGUGUGUGUGUGUGUGUGUGUGUGUGUGUGUGUGUGUGUGUGUGUGUGCGCCUGCCAUUUGUCACUGUUCUGGUGGGGUCGCUGACCUUCAAGGAAAUGGCUAUAAGUUGAAUCCUGUAUUUCCUGUUUAAACUGAGUGUUUAUUUCUUGUAUUGUGUUGUCUGUGAUAAGUAGAAUGUGGUGCAAAUUUAUUAGGCAACUUUUAGUUUAUUUCUGGAAAUGUUGACAACAUGACAUGCUUAUAUAUUGCAGUGCCAAAUGUGAAUCCCUCUUUAAUUUUAAGGCCUACGGAAAUAUUUUGUGUUCAUAUUUAUACACAUAUCUAAGGAAUAUAUUGUCAACGUGUCAUGAAAAAUAAAGUGGAAUUGGGAUAGAAGAGGUGUUCGUGCAGUCAUUCACUCACGUGUGAACUGCAGGCGUAUCGGUAAAGUGGGACCAAUAUUUGACUUCCCAGU